UCUCCAGGUAUUCGGCCCCAAAUCAUGAACGGGCCAAUGCAUCCGCGCCCCCUGGUGGCGCUGCUGGAUGGGCGUGACUGCACCGUGGAGAUGCCCAUCCUGAAAGACUUGGCAACUGUUGCGUUUUGCGACGCUCAGUCCACACAGGAGAUACACGAGAAGGUGCUCAAUGAGGCGGUGGGAGCCAUGAUGUACCACACCAUCACCCUGACCAGAGAGGAUCUGGAAAAGUUCAAAGCUCUGCGCAUCAUCAUCCGCAUCGGCAGCGGCUACGACAACAUCGACAUCAAGGCUGCUGGAGAGCUGGGAAUCGCUGUGUGUAACAUUCCCUCGGCGGCUGUGGAGGAGACAGCGGACUCCACCCUGUGCCACAUCCUCAACCUUUACAGGCGAAACACCUGGCUCUACCAGGCUCUCCGGGAAGGCACGCGUGUCCAGAGCGUGGAGCAGAUUCGCGAGGUGGCCUCCGGUGCCGCCCGCAUCCGUGGCGAAACCCUCGGCCUCAUCGGCUUCGGUCGGUCGGGCCAGGCGGUGGCGGUGCGAGCCAAGGUCUUCGGCUUCAACGUCAUCUUCUACGACCCCUACCUGCAGGACGGCCUGGAGCGCUCGCUGGGCGUCCAGCGCGUCUACACCCUGCAGGACCUGCUCUACCAGAGCGACUGUGUCUCCCUACACUGCAACCUGAACGAACACAACCACCACCUCAUCAACGACUUCACCAUCAAACAGAUGCGUCAGGGUGCGUUCCUGGUCAAUACUGCGCGGGGUGGUCUGGUGGAUGAGAAGGCCUUGGCCCAGGCGUUGAAGGAGGGCAGGAUACGUGGAGCUGCCCUGGACGUCCACGAGACGGAGCCCUUCAGGUGAAUAAAUGUACACGCGAAAGAUUCUCACAAACCAGG